AGGUGUCAGCAGAGUGAGAGGCCUUCCGGUUCCUCUUAGAUCAGCUGACUCUGAUGCUGCUGUCAGGAGACCUCAACAACUCUAUUGAAUGGCAACUAUGAAAAUUAUCGAGCCAUAGAAACGCUAUUCACAGCUAUAUUUUCCCACUGUUAGCGGACAUAUUUUCUUUUAACAGUUUCCUCUAGCUGCACCAGAUCUGUAACCAUGACUGAGUUUUGGUUGAUCUCUGCCCCGGGAGAGAAGACCUGCCAGCAGACAUGGGAUCAAAUGAUGGCAGCCACCACACGUAACAACAACCUGUCCACCAACCACAAGUUCAACAUCCCUGACCUCAAGGUGGGGACCCUAGAUGUCUUGGUUGGGCUGUCGGAUGAACUGGCCAAAUUAGACUCCUUUGUGGAUAGUGUGGUGAAGAAGGUUGCUCAGUACAUGGCCGACGUGCUGGAAGACAGUCGGGACAAAGUUCAGGAGAACCUGCUGGCCAACGGAGUUGAUCUUGUCACCUACAUCACAAGAUUUCAAUGGGACAUGGCAAAAUAUCCCAUCAAACAGUCACUUAAAAACAUCUCUGAAAUCAUCUCAAAGCAAGUCUCCCAGAUUGACAAUGACUUGAAGUCCAGAGCAUCGGCUUAUAACAACCUGAAGGGAAACCUGCAGAAUCUCGAAAGGAAGAAUGCGUAA